AGCCAUUUUGGCUCAAGCCAUGCUGGCUCAAGGCUCCAUGCGGGGUCCCCUGAGCUGGGCAUGGUGGCUGCGGGAGAGCCCCACCGUGGGGUGGCCGGUGCGCGCGCGUCCGCCGACCGGCUCAUUUUCAAGCUGAAGAACAGGCUGGUGGCCGCUGACCGCAAGGCUCUCGCCUGCGAGUCUGCGCUGCUGCACCUCUUCGGCGACGCCGAGGUUGCGGAGAGGGUUGCCUGUAUUCUUCCUGCCCUCACGUCCCCCCUCGCGGGCGAGAGGCCCGAGGCGCUGGACAUCCUUCGGCGCAACGUGGCGCUCCACUCCGAGGGGCCCUGCGGCGUGUCUCUGGUCUCAGCUGGCCGUGCCGAGCUGCGCAAGGCCCAGAAGCACGCGCGUAGGCUCGAGGCGAAGAGGGCGGACACCCAGCCCGCGGCUCACGUGCUGUUGCAGAGCUUCCCGCCCCUCGAGGCCGAGAGCGGGCUCCGUCGUGACGCGCCCCCUUUCGUCCCGAGCUCGGGCUGCUGGGUGCCGCUGGACGGCUGCGGCCGCCUCUGCACGUGCGGCGCGACGUGCUACUCGUCGUGCUCCCCGCUGCCGCUCUCGGUUGAGGAGGUGUUCGAGGAUCACGGCGACGAGGACGCUCCGUGUGGCGAGGCGGCUGAUGCUGAGUUUCCGACUAGGGGCGUCCCCCCCGCCCUGGUCGACGGCUCUGAGGGGGUGAGUGGGGCCGCGGGCCCGCCGCAGGACGCCGUGCCUGUUUCGCAGCCUGGCAGUGCGGCAGCUCGUCGUGCCCCUGGCUGGUGGCUGGCGCGCGCGGUAGUCGCCAGAGUCUGGCUGGGGCCAUCGCGGGGCGAGGAUGCCGACGUCGAGGCCAAGCUCGUGGCGGACGUUAUCGUGAGCGUCUCCGAGGAGGUCGGCGACGGGAUCGAGGGGGCGACCCUCGAUGGCGUUGACGGCGGCGUCGACGAGAAGGGCGAGCUCACGGUCGAGCUGGAGGCGCUAGCGGGGCGGCUGGGCGCGCUGGUGGAGGGCGCCGAGCCCACGGUCGAGCUGAAGGGCGACCUGGCGGCGCUGUCCGUACGGCAGGGCGCGCUCGAGGAGAGCGCCGAGGCCACGUGCGAGCUGGAGGCGCUCUCACAGCGGCCGUGCGCGCUGGAGGCGACCUCGGAGCAGCUGGUCUCGCAGAAGGGCGACCUGGCGGCGCUGUCCGAGCAGCGGGGCACGCUGGCGGAGGGCGCCGAGCUCAUGGGCGAGCGGGAGGUGCUCUCGAGGCCGCUGUAUGCGUUGGAGGCUCUGUGCGAGCAGAGGGAGGCGAAGAUGGCCUCCCGCCACGUGUUCAGCGAGAGCUUGUUCUACUUCCUGGACGAUUUCACGGUGGCGGCGAUGAUGUGCGUGGCCAUUGGGCCCAAGUCGGGAGUUGAGUCUCUCCUGAGCUCGGCCGAGGCCCGCUUCAUCGACGUCAGGCCCGGUAGUGUAGGCUGGCCGAAUGCCGAGAAGCGUGAGCGUAUCUUCGAGGGCCGCUUGCAGGUCGUCCAGAUGCCGAGGGGCGUGAGGGGCCCCCUCGAUGAAUGAGGCAAGCAGUUGCAUUCCGUGUGUAGCGCUGCUUUGCCUGUGAGUGAAGACUCCUGUGUUCAGUCGCAGUCGAGUUCACUGUGGGCGGUGGCCCAAGGCGGCCCCGCUGGGAGGGCGAGAGGCGGCGCGGUGAAGGCCCAGUGCGGCCCCCGCGGCGAGAGGCGGCCCUAGGCGGCCCCUCUCGGGUGAGCGUGUCCUUUUCUUGGCCUUUUGGCCCCGCCACUCCGCCUUGCAGGCCCCGUCUUUAACUUUAACUUUAACACACGUAAUAAAUAGGAGCACGGCAGAACACAUGUAUACGCGGCAGAAUGCGCAGGAGCACGGCAGACCACACCGAACACACGAGCACGGCAGAACACACAGG